CUGUUUUUCCGGGUUUGGACCGGAGGACUGACCGCGGCUCCUGCAGUUUGUGUGUCGGUGUGUGUGUCGGUGCGUGUGUCGGUGCGUGUGUCGGUGCGUCCUGCGGCUCCGGUAAGAGAGAGAGAGGAUGUCUGCUGUGAAGAUGACCGAGGGCAGCGUGCAGCUGCAGGGCUGCAACGCGCCGCUCUUCUACAGGCAGAGCCAACCGGCCUCUGGAGACGUGAGGAUGUCGGUCUUGCUUCUUCACGGCAUCCGUUUCUCGUCUGAAAACUGGCUCAGCAUCGGCACUCUGGACAUUCUGGCCAAAGCUGGCUGCCGAGCCGUCGCCAUCGACCUGCCAGGACUGGGCCAGUCGAAGCAGGCGCUGGCGCCGGCCGAGGUGGGGGAGCUGGCCCCCGCCGGCUUCCUGAAGGAGGUGUGUGAGCAGCUGCGGCUGAGCCCGGCGGUGGUGAUCAGCCCGUCCCUCAGCGGGAUGUACUCCCUGCCCUUCCUCCACCAGCACCCGGCCCUGCUGCGGGCCUACGUCCCCAUCGCCCCCAUCUGCACCGACAAGUUCACCGCCGAGCAGUACCGCAGCGUGCAGGUCCCGUCGCUGAUCGUGUACGGCGACCAGGACACUCAGCUCGGGGAUGUCUCGCUCCGUAACCUGAGCAAUCUGGCCAAUGGCAGCGUGGCGGUGAUGAAGGGAGCGGGUCACGCCUGUUACCUUGACGACCCAGACGCCUGGCACAAAGCGCUCACAGACUUCCUUAAUUCGCUGUGAAGCUCCUCGCUGCAGCACACAGUGUGACUCAGAGGAGGCGCACGAAUAAACGCAUGAGUCAUUCAGGAGGGAAUCAGGCCACAGCUUCCCCGCGCAGCUCCCGCUUCUAAUGGCUUCGUAUCUGCACCGCUGUUAAUUAUUCAAGGAUCGAUGUUUAGUGAAACAGUCAGAGAACAGGAGUGUAAACAUUAAGCCAGCUUGCAGAGUAUCUGUCAACCUCACGGACCAAAACUGAGCUUGAUUUUUUGAAUAUAAAUAUAUAUAUUUACCAUUUUGUAAAAAAAAAAAAGAAAAAAGUUUCUGAUUGUUCUAUUGAAUUAAAAAAGUUGAUCUAAUGUGCAUCAAGAAGUGUAGAAAAACGCCUGAAGCUGAAA